UGGAGCGUUUGAUGAUCCCGUACCAGCGCAACACAGCGACUGUCACCUACACACUCUACCAAUGAAAAUUGGACAACGCAUCAACACGCUCCUUCAUGUAACUGAAACUGAUAACAGAAAACGAAGUAAACGGUUUCCUGGUUUGUUGAGCAGUUAAAAACAGAAAAAGGGUUUUAGGACUUUUUGAUCUUCUUUUACUAUAAACCCUAAUCCCAUUUGCAGUUUUUUUUUUAAUUUUUUUUAUCGAAGCUCCAUUUAUUGGUUUCCAGUUUCCACUCGGUCCAUUUUGUUUUCCACGAUGGAAGAAGAUCGAGAAGAUCACAUUUUUGCUAACUGCUAUCUUGUGAACAAAAGGCUGACAUGGAUGGAAAAGAGGGAGAAGCAGCUUUCACUAUCAAAUCGCAACCUCCAACAAGUAACGCCGUCAACUCCUCCUCCUCCGCAACUAGACCGAAUCAGUGAAUUACCUAAUGAAAUCCUUUACCACAUUCUGUCCUUGAUGCCCAUGCAAAUGGCUAUCCAAACCAGCGUCUUAUCAACGAGGUGGCGCCAUCUCUGGAAAUACACGCGCGUUGUUGAUUUCCACACUUUACCUUUCUCUUUUUGGGAGAUUGUUGACUACGCUCCCAUUAGCCGCUCCUUGGACCUCAUUGAAUCUCCAGCUAUCGAAUCAUUUACCGUCGUUGGCCACGUUGGCCUCUUUUCUCUGCCCCAUUUAAGCAAAUGGGUCGAUUUUGCACUCUCCAAAAACGUCCAUAUUUUGAGGAUAGGUCUCAUGUCUGCUUUUCCUACGACGAGAUUCUUUAAGUUGCCAAAUUCAUUUUUUACCAAGCACGGUCAAACUCAAAUGCUGGAGGUUCUUUUUUUAAGCUAUAUUGACUACACACCACCUCCUGGGGUGACUUUUUCUGGUUCUGGGUUUGCUUCCCUUCACACACUUGUUCUUGCAAAAUGUUAUCUUGAUGACAGGACCGUGGAGUUGUUUCUUCUUGAAUGCUUGGUUCUUGAAGUUUUGGUCCUUGAUAGGUGUGUGGGGCUAGCUAAUGUCAACAUUAGGGGUCGAAAUCUUAAGCUGCAACAUCUUGCUUUCAAGUGGUAUGACUGUAAUGAUGGGGAGUUUAGGUUAUUAGACGUUGAUGCUCCAGGUCUGUUAACCUUGAUUUACUCGGGUGACUUAACCAAAAUUCGUUUGAAGAACUGUCAGGAAUUAGGGAAAACAAUCCUGCUAGGGAAGGAAGAACUAAUUAAUGAGGCAAACAUUGACCACAUUAGAGAAUUGAUCAAUCAAGUCACUCAAGUGAAGACUUUGGGUUUGAAUACUCAGUUUCUUGAGGUACCCUUUUUUUGUCUUUCCAUAUAUACCCGGCCCUUUUUCCUGAUCCUGAAUUUAAUUUCCAUGUUUCAUCUUCUUUACCAUUUUUGUUUGUUGGAUAUUUGUUUCUGA